AUGUCUCUUUCUCCUCUUUGGGUUCUUGGAGUCGCAUCUGCAACGGGCAGCGUUUCCGCACCAGCGCCAACCAGGAUUAGCGUUACAACUAUCGGUCGAACCAGAGGCGAGCAGCAUUCUAGGGCCCGGUUCGUUGUGGCACCGGCAGUGCAAGGUUAUCAGAAAGGAAAUUGUUCGACAUUCGCCAAACGGUCAAGCGACCGACUGGGAAACUCUCAAGAUUAUCCCGAGAUUGUUGGUGGGCCUGCCGGAGGAGAAAUGGCACCUUGGGCCGGGGGAAACGGCUGUGGAGAUCUGGUGAACAGCGUCAUGGGCGGUUGGAAAAGCGAUCAAGUAUGA